AUGCCGGAUGGCACGGAGCGCCCCAUUUCUUUUGCCUCCAGGUCUUUAACCUCAGCAGAACAAAACUACUCCCAGAUUGACAAGGAAGCUUUGGCCAUUGUAUGGGCCACAAAAAAAUUUCACGCGUACAUCUUUGGUCGGGAGUUCACACUUAUCACUGACCACCGAAUUUCUACAACAACCGCAUCUCGCUUACAAAGGUACGCUUUAUUUUUAGGAGCUUAUGCUUAUUCUAUCAGAUACCGCUCCCAUGAUACCCAUGGCAAUGCAGAUGCAUUUUCCAGAUUGCCACUAAGAGAUGACCACCCACUAAGAGAGAUACGUGUAGUGGAAGUACACAAGCCACAAUCUUGCAUGUCCACCUCCCUAAUUGCCAGACAUACAGCCACAGAUCCUUUCCUGUCUCAGAUAUUAUCUUAUGUUCAGACUGGAUGGCCAGAGAGAGUUUCAGGUGAAUUUCGUCCAUACUUUGCCAGAAAAUGUGAGCUUGUGACUAAUGCUGGUUGCCUACAAUGGGGCAAUAGAGUGAUUGUACCCCAGUACUUGCAAUCAACCAUGCUAAGGAUACUGCAUGAAGGCCAUCCUGGUGUGGUGCGCAUGAAGCAGCGAGCCCGGGGCUAUGUUUGGUGGCCACAAAUGGAUACGGCAAUUGAAGAUUAUGUUGCUCAAUGUCCUGGGUGCUGUCAAGCCCAGCGACCCCAAAAGAGAGGGACCCUGCAACCUUGGCCAUGGCCAACAGAACCGUGGUCCAGACUCCAUCUUGAUUUUGCUGGCCCCAUCCAGGGUAAAAUGUAUUUGAUCGUGGUAGAUGCGCAUUCAAAAUGGCCGGAGGUUUUUCAAAUGCCUUCUAUUACCUCAGCUGCUACCAUUCUAGUCUUAAGGAAGCUCUUUGCUCAAUAUGGCUUGCCAACAGCCAUAGUCUCCAACAAUGGAACUCAAUUUACAUCGCAUGAGUUUCAAUCCUUCCUUAGUGGCUUGGGCGUCCAACACUAUAAAACAGCUCCUUAUCAUCCAGCUUCAAAUGGGCUGGCAGAACGAUUUGUGCAGACAUUUAAGAAGCACUUACUGUCCACUCUGGACCAGGUUGGACUGUCAGAAGAGAAGCUGCUGGAAUUCUUGAUCAUGUACCGUAACACGAAACACGCUACUACUGGGCUGUCACCGGCUUUUCUUAUGUUUGGCAGGCAUCUCCGCAUCAAACUUGAUUUAGUUCGUCCGCAGGAACAGUCACCAACACCUCCUCCGCCGGGCCGUCUGGGAUUCCGUGCCGGUGAUCUUGUAUGGUCUCGGAAUUACAGAGCUUUGCCUCCUUGGCUUCCUGGCGUUAUUGAUGGAACUCUUGGCAGAAGAAUGUACCUUGUCCACCUGGAGGAAGGCAUUUGUGUUCGGCGACACCUUUCACAAUUGAGGAAACGCAUUUGCCGGCCACUAGUGACAAACCCGACCCCUCUUUCUAACCACCCACCAUGUCACCUGAACUCUGCUGGUGACAUAUGGCAUGGUGUCUGGCAUGAUCCCACAAGUUUACAACCAAACACUGAACCGGUUGGUGACCAUAUUCCUGAGGAGCCCGGACAUAUGCCUGGAGUUACAGAGACUGAUUUGUCUGUGGGACGCCCACUGACAUCACCAGAACCUUUGACUGACUCUAUCCCUCCCGGUGCUGUGCCUCUUCGUAAGUCUACCCGUCAAAGACGUCAAACGCCUCGCUGGCAAAGUGCUGAAAUCUUACGGGACACAUUGGAGGUCAGGGAACAGAGACAAAGGGCUCAUGAAGUGCUGCGGAAAUCACAGAACUGA